AGGUGAACCGACCAGGUUGUACCGUCUGUGGCAAGGCAUCGCGUUUACAUACUCUUAUGUCUCUCUUGUUGGAAUGGCCAACAGCCCCACGUGCGACACAUGUAGCUGUAAUUAGACGCUCGCACACAUUAUCUGCGUCUGUCAGCGCAAGAGGCAAGUGAUGUGCAGAGUGCUGGGCCAAUUGCACAAUCGCCCACAAAUGAAGGAAACAGUAGAAGGGCUACAGGACCAUGCUAAAGAGCUAUAGCGGGAGGGGAGCGAAACAGCUGUUAUUGAUGGAUAAGUUUAAACGAUGGUAACACAGAAUUUGAUAAAGCUGUAAUCAUAUCAUCAUAAAAAAGUAGCAUAGCCUCUGCAGCGAAAAAAAUACAAAGAGAUAAUAAAGCAACGACAAUGGGCGACGCGGACGCGUGGGCGAUAUCUGGUAGUACGCAUAAAACCGGUUCCUUCCCCAGCGUUCAUCGACCGAAGUGCCACUCCAAUCCUAUCACCGGCACUGAAGGAACGGGAUCGUCGGAGGGACAACACCUUUCGUCACUCGCCGCUCUGGCUCGUUGCAAACCAAAGUGUAACGUUGUGUAUAUAGUCUUGUCCAACGGCACCGACGAUUCGCCGGCACCUCGUCGGCGACUCAUUGCGGCAGCUGCGAUCCUCGUGCCUUGCAGUGUCCCCACGUGCUACUCGCGCCCAAUCUAGAAGCUACAGUAAGAGAGAUCGCUGUUCGCUAACUGCGAUCCGAGGGUAAGAUGACUGCGGUAGUUUCGGUCUUCACCGGAAGGCUGGCCCUGGUUACGGGAGGCGCCAGCGGUAUCGGCAAGGCUGUCUGCGGGGCGCUCGCCGCAGAAGGUGCCGUCGUGGUGGUCGCCGACAAGCAGCUCGACGCAGCGAAGGAGGUCGCAGAGUCACUGCCAGAGACCUGCCUCAUGGCGCACCCAGCAACAGCUGCACGCAUACUUACACUGCCAUGCGUCAAAGGUGACGCCAAGCAUCGGGCCAUUUAUGUGGACGUUGGCGAUGCUUCGUCCGUGGAGCAGCUCUUCAGGGACGUCAGAAACGCAUUCUCGGAGCCGCUCAGCGUAGUCGUCAACUCGGCGGGAAUUCUGCGCAAGUGUUCCCUCGUCGAUUGUACCGACGAGACCUUCGAUGACGUCAUCAGGGUAAACCUCAAGGGCACCUUCCUGGUGAAUCGUGCAGCUAGCCGCGACAUGCUCCAAUCUGGCAUACCCGAUGGUGGUGCGGCCAUCGUUAACGUAUCCAGCAUCGAGGCCAAAAGCGGCUUCUGGUCGUCCGCUGUGUACUCCGCUUCCAAAGCCGGCAUCGUGGCCCUCACCAAGUCGGUGGCGCAGGAGCUGGCGGGGCACGGCAUCCGCUGCAACGCCGUGCUGCCCGGCUGGACGGACACUCCCCUGGCAGCAAGCAGCGACGAAGCUGUCAAAGCUCAGGCCCUAGCACUGAUGCCUAUCAAGAGGCCCGCUGAGCCCCGUGAGAUCGCGGAGGCUAUCAAGUUCCUCUGCUCACCGACUGCCAGUUCCUAUGUCAACGGCGCAGCUCUUGAAGUCACUGGAGGCUUCUGCAUGUGAAUUCGCUCCUUCCGCGUGACCUGUAGGCUUUCCGAUACAAGUACAGACGGGCACUCUCACUAUACUUCCGCGCGUAUCCACUGCUUAUUGGGUUCGGCACUGUCACCGCAUCCAGUACUUGCACUUCUGUGGCGCUUAUACUAGUACUGAACACACCUCACAGAGGUGUCCUCCAAACAUAUCCUCUUCCCCAUCCCUACACUCAACUCAUUCCAUUGAUCCGAGUGGCUGACUCAAGCCACCUCUACCGACAACCACAAAUUCCUGUCUGAGUUCUUUAGAACUCACUCUACUGAACGCAUCCAGUGACCCACUGUAACGACUUUUUCAUUAUCGCUUCUGAUGUUCAAUAAAAUAAAAAAGUGACGCCUUAAAGUAAUGACCUUCUUGCUUUGGACGCGCGCAGUGUGGAAUUGUUCGCACACAUUGCACAUUGGUGCGAACUAACCAUGCUGGAUAGAAACUGAGGGGCCGUUGAAGCGGACUAGGUAGUACGCGAAGGUCUUGGAAGUUUAUUUAUAUGCCCGGAAUUACGAGGAUGCCUACUUUUCCUGUGAUAGAAAUUCAUGCUUGCCAAAAAAAUUAUUGUUUCUGUUUAGGAGAACGGGAGUAAUCGAAAUGUUUUGUACCUUGAGGUAAGAAGAUAGAACGUACAGGUUUAUCUUUGCAGCGUUUUCUGCGUUCCCGACUAAUGGUGAGCUAAAAACAAGGAAGGCGCCAGCUGCACAUGUGUGUCUCACCGAUAGCACAAACAAACAAACAAACAAACAAACAAACAAACAAACAAACAAACAAACAAA